AUGCAGCCGCAAGAGUACCCCCGGACCACACCGCCAUCGACCCUCAUCGUCAUUCUCGACAUCCACCCCGUAUCAUGGUCCCUCCUCACCACCCUCCCCCCCGCCCCUCCGUCCGACAUCCGCGCCAUCGACCUCGCAAAAUCAUCCCCCACCCCCCUCUCCUCCUUCCUCACCACCUUCAUGGUCUAUCUCAACUCCCACCUCGCCAUGCGCUGGGGCAACCAAGUCGUCGUCUACGCCGCCAGCGCCGGACGGGCAAAGUUGAUAUAUCCCUCUACCGCUUUAGGAGGCGAGCCGUCAAAGGCUAGGGCGAAUGUGUAUAGACCGUUCCAGGUGCUGGAUGGGCGGAUAGAAGAGGGUAUUAGGGAAAUGGUGGAGGAGGAGAGUCGGCGGCUGAGGCAGGAUGAUUUGGGGUUUAUGAAUGAGCCGUCGGCGAUCGUUUCUGCUUUGACAAAGGCGCUUUGUUUCAUCACAAAACGAGAUACUGUUACCAGCCAGAUACCCACCGAUUCCACAACAACCACCGACCAACCAUCGGGCGCUCCCGAUACGAACGAAACCCGUAUCCUCGUCAUCAACGCAACCCCCGGAUCGGCAGUCGGCUCUCAAACCGAUUCUGUCAAUGGGGAUAAUAAUGGUGAUGGGGCUAGUGGGAAUACGCCGAGAGGAGGAGGACAGAUGAGAGGCGGAUACGUCGGGUUGAUGAACUGUGUCUUUGCCGCGCAAAAAGCCAAAGUCCCCAUCGACGUAUUCUCCCUUCCCCCACCGACCAUAGACCCCACACCGCCGAUCUUCUUACAGCAAGCAGCGCAUCUGACGGAAGGCGUUUACUGGCAGUGGAACGGGCGCGGAGGAUUACUACAGUAUCUACACAAUAUAUACCUCACACCCCCAUCGCUCCGCCGUACCCCCUUCGCCGUACCUCCCCAAGACGCAGUCGGCUUCCGCGCAGUCUGUUUCUGCCACCACAACACCCUCGACGUCGGCUUCGUCUGCAGCGUCUGUCUCAGCAUCUUUUGCGAGCCCCGGCCUGUCUGCUUGAUGUGCAAAACCCGUUUCCCGAUCAAAUCACUACCCACCCUCCGUGCCUACUCGUCCUUGAUCAACACUAUCCCUAUCCCCGACACUAUCGUAGCCCCGCCAGAACCCAAAAACGUAGACAAGGGGCAGAUCCGCGCGCCAGAGAGACUAGCGAACCGUGGAGGAGGUGCCAGCGAUGCGAUAGUGAUAGAUUGAAC